CGCCGCCGUGCCCGAUUCAAGAUCCAGUCCGUAUUAUGGCUGGCAGUGGGUCCAGAUCAGGACCAUCCAGUGGGUUUUCCAUGAAAUCACAGCUUCAAAUCACUGUCAUUUCAGCAAAACUAAAAGAAAAAAAUAAAUGGUUUGGACCUAGCCCUUAUGUGGAAGUCUCAGUAGAUGGACAGUCAAAGAAGACAGAAAAAUGCAACAACACAAAUAGUCCGAAGUGGAAACAGCAUCUUACAGUAAUUGUUACUCCUGUAAGUAAAUUAAACUUUCGAGUCUGGAGCCAUCAAACAUUAAAAUCUGAUGUCCUUCUGGGAAGUGCUGCUCUGGAUAUUCAUGAGACUUUGAAAUCAAACAGUAUGAAACUUGAGCAGGUAGUGGUGACAUUGCAUCUUGUUGGUGACAGAGAACCAGCAGAAGUGGUAGGAGAUUUGUCUGUCUGUCUAGAUGGGAUGCAGGUAGAUCCUGAGCUCCUAAGCAACGGUGAUGCCUCAAGUACAAGAAGUCCUACACAGAAUGAUAGCUCUAAAGUAAGGAAUGAUACACGGACUAACUCAAAUGGCCUUGAAAGCUGUGAAGAUGCUGCUCCCAGUGAAAACAAGACUGUUAAUGGCAGUGAUUCUCCAUUACUCACAAAUGGAAACUGCAAACCUUCUAGACCUCCCAGGCCUUCUAGACCACCUCCACCCACUCCCCGCAGACCCACUUCCGUAGCUGCAAGUGUAAAUGGUCCUUCAUCCACAUCCACAGAAAAUGAUGGGGCCAGUGCAGGAUCACUGGCAGGUACAGCUGCAAAUACAGCUUCAGAACAGAGCCCUGAGGGGGCAACAGCUGCAACAACAGCUCCUGCAACCGCUGCGCUCACCACACCUCCAGUAUCAAGACAAGUCCAGCCAGUAAAUCCUCCACCUCAGGCACUUACUACAGUCAGUCAAGGUCCUCUUCCACCUGGUUGGGAACAAAGAGUAGACCAACAUGGUCGAGUAUACUAUGUAGAUCAUGUUGAAAAAAGAACAACGUGGGAUCGGCCAGAGCCUCUUCCUCCAAGCUGGGAGCGACGAGUUGACAACAUGGGGAGAAUUUAUUAUGUUGACCACUUCACUAGAACAACAACGUGGCAGAGACCAACAUUAGAGUCUGUCCGAAAUUAUGAGCAGUGGCAGCUUCAGCGCAGUCAGCUUCAAGGAGCUAUGCAGCAAUUUAAUCAGAGAUUUAUAUAUGGGAACCAGGACUUUUCAUCCACACAGAACAAGGAGUUUGAUCCUCUUGGCCCUCUGCCACACGGAUGGGAAAAGAGAACUGACAGCAAUGGCAGAGUGUAUUUUGUCAAUCACAACACACGAAUCACUCAGUGGGAAGAUCCCAGGAGUCAGGGUCAAUUAAACGAGAAACCCUUACCAGAGGGCUGGGAAAUGCGAUUUACUGUGGAUGGUAUUCCAUAUUUUGUGGAUCACAACAGGAGAACCACUACAUAUAUAGAUCCCCGCACGGGCAAGUCUGCUCUAGACAAUGGACCCCAGAUAGCUUAUGUGCGUGAUUUCAAGGCAAAGGUCCAUUAUUUCAGAUUCUGGUGUCAGCAACUGGCAAUGCCACAACACAUAAAGAUUACAGUGAGCAGAAAAACGUUAUUCGAGGACUCAUUUCAACAGAUAAUGAGCUUCAGCCCUCAGGAUCUACGGAGACGUUUAUGGGUUAUUUUCCCUGGUGAAGAAGGCUUAGAUUAUGGAGGUGUUGCAAGGGAAUGGUUCUUUCUAUUGUCACAUGAAGUUUUGAACCCAAUGUAUUGCCUGUUUGAAUAUGCAGGGAAAGAUAACUACUGCUUACAGAUAAACCCAGCCUCUUAUAUUAAUCCAGACCAUCUGAAAUAUUUCCGAUUUAUUGGAAGAUUCAUUGCCAUGGCUUUAUUCCAUGGGAAAUUCAUUGACACUGGUUUCUCUCUGCCGUUCUAUAAACGUAUCCUAAACAAGCCAGUAGGACUCAAGGAUUUAGAAUCUGUUGACCCAGAGUUUUACAACUCUCUCAUCUGGGUAAAAGAGAAUGAUAUUGAAGAAUGUGGCUUGGAAAUGUUUUUCUCAGUUGAUAAAGAAAUUCUAGGUGAAAUCAAAAGCCAUGAUUUGAAGCCAAAUGGUAGCAACAUUCUGGUCACAGAAGAAAACAAAGAAGACUACAUUAGGCUAGUAGCAGAAUGGAGACUUUCCCGAGGUGUUGAGGAGCAGACACAGGCUUUCUUUGAAGGCUUCAAUGAAAUUCUGCCACAACAGUAUUUGCAGUAUUUUGAUGCUAAGGAACUGGAGGUGCUUCUAUGUGGAAUGCAAGAAAUUGAUUUGAAUGACUGGCAGAGGCAUACCAUCUACCGGCACUAUACUAGGACCAGCAGACAGAUAGUAUGGUUCUGGCAGUUUGUGAAAGAAAUAGAUAAUGAGAAGAGAAUGAGACUCUUGCAGUUUGUUACUGGAACAUGCAGAUUACCAGUGGGAGGAUUUGCUGACCUCAUGGGGAGCAACGGACCCCAAAAAUUUUGUAUUGAAAAAGUUGGAAAGGAAAACUGGUUACCUAGAAGUCAUACCUGUUUCAAUCGCUUAGACCUUCCACCCUAUAAGAAUUAUGAGCAGUUGAAGGAAAAGCUGUUGUUCGCAAUUGAAGAAACAGAAGGAUUUGGGCAAGAAUAGCUAAAAUUUGCACCGUGAAGAAUGUGAACUCAACACGAUGUAUGUUCUUCACUUCUUCUGCUUGUUGCACACUUCAUUGUAAAGUAGACUUGACUUGGAUUUAUUUAACAAUACUAAUGUGUAAGUAAAUGGAUGUUAUCCUGAGGUUUUAUCCACGUUAACUCUGGAUUUCUGCUGAGCACUUUCAGAAAUCAAAUGAGCAAUCAGAUACGGCUACAAAUGAAUUAUAACCUAAGUAGAGGUUUAAUGCAGCUCUGGGCUCUGCUUUGUUUUACCAUUCAUUAAUUAGAAUGUGUCCUGAAUGACUGACAGAUUUUUAACAAUAGUUUUGUCUUUCCUUUUUAGUAGCAUUUUUUGCUACUGAUGCACUGGGAAGUUCAUUGGUAGCUGCAAUGCUGCAGCAUCAUCGUAAGCCUCUUUACAGCAGUGUUGUUAGAGCCAGCGUGUAACCAUCCUCUGCGUACCGUGAGCAAAUUCACUGCUUAAGCCCUUUUUUUCUAACUCAAGUGUGGCCGGACUGUUUUUUUCCCUGCCUGGAGUCUGCUCACAUGCCAGCUGGACUCAAGCUGCUGUUAACGGGAUGUCAAACUGUGGCACAAAUCCAGGGCGUAGCAUUGCUUUGUUUUUUCCCAAUCCUGCUAAUUUCAGCAAAAUACACACCCGCUCAGAGUUGUUGGAACAUUUCUGUGUGCCCUCAGAAGAAUUCUGAUCUUUUUCUGUGUAACACAUUUAACUUUUAAAUCAAUAUUAACACUGUGGUACUUCACUUGUUUUGCAAAAGACAAGGCCACCUGGGAUUGCACUGAUUCCAUUUAGAUUCCUGUUUGCAGACUGAUGUUUCUUGUCAAAAGUGUUAAUGGACAUUAUUCUCAGUGUUCUUCUUACACGUUGCAGUCAGUUUGCUCUGAAGACUUUAUUGGGUUCUCAGGAAGAGGUACAAAACAACUGGAUUCAGAAAAUGAUAAUACUUACCAUUUUUGCUGAUGAACCGAUAGGCGAAUCUGGCUAAGGCUAAGAGGAUUAGAAAGUUCAGAAAAGGAUGACAGAUUUUUGAAAAGCGGGAGCAUCAGUAAAUAGUUCUAUAAAGAUUGAAACUAACAUUUUUGGAGGAGGUUUCUAAACUAAUUCACCCUAAGCUGCUUAUAGCUAGUGUAGUGAGUUCCUAUUGGAUUAAUAACAUCUUUUACUUCCUUUUAGAAUUUGUUAAUAUUCAAUUCUCUUCUGGUUUACAAUAACAUUUUGCAUUUUACUGCUCCUUUAGACUGAAUGCACUUUUUGGGUAUGGUCAGCUCUUUCCCUGUCUGAAGGGAGGAAAGCAAACUUCAAUGAGAUGAGCUGUUAGCCAUAGUAAGAGACAUGACACUUGAAAUAGCAUGUAGCACAUAUUAAAGCAUAACUGCAGCUCAAAGCAUUGGGACAGGAGCUGUUUUUAAGAGGCUUCUAGAUAUCGGAGCUGAAACAGGACAGUGGGAAACUGUAAAACUGAACUUCCAGUCUUGAAUAUUUCUUUCCUGCUGUCCCUUCUGUCUAAACGAUAAGAAGGAAAAACUGAUUCAGGCCUAAGAAGAACCAAGAUGCUAGUUUUUAACUGAUUUCAAGAGUUUUUCAGGUCAUACAAAGUGAUAAAUGCUUAUUGGAAGGCAGAAUGGUUAGACUUUAGAGUGAAUAGCUCUUUUGUCAUGCAUAUUCUAAGAAAGGCAUGGAAAAGAGCUUCUGAUGAUAUAGAAAUGACCCUCUUUUACAGUUUCAUUGGUGGUGAGAACUAACCUGACUUCAUGGUUUUACUAGGAGGAAAAUCUGCCAACUUCAAAACAUUUGACAGAUAUAUUACAGUAUACAGCUCGAGGAGAAAAAAGCCUUAUAAAUAUUUUCUGUUUAUAUUAAUUCUUACAAUGAAAUGUAGUUAUCUAACAUAUUUACAAGAGAGAUUAAAUUAAGCAAGAUAAUGCAAGAUUAAGCUAUGAAAAAUAGUCUGUGUUCUGCAUAAUGCUUUAUGAUUCAUGUAGGGACCCUAGAACUAUUGUUAAUGUAUAAAUAUCACCCAAAAGGCUUUCAGCCCUAUAUUUUUAAAAUAAAGAAUAGUUAUAAUUGAAAUAGCCUUAGCCCUAGUUCUAUAGGGUAUGGCUGUUUAAUAUUUUUAUGGUUGAAAUGUUUAGUUCAGGAAAAAGGUAAAUGCUUGUAUAUAUUUUUGCAGUCCAGGAUUCCACUUACUCCAUUUUUCUUUCUUUAAUUUAAAUGGCAUGUUUAUAUGUCUUUUCUGCUGUAUUAGGAUGGGGGAAAGGGGGCUGGAUAUCCCAAGCACCAGGUAUGAUUUUAAAAUAUUGCAAAUAAAGAAUUCAUUGG